AUAUGUGCAUGUUCUCUACAAAUACCUAGUUUUAUAUCAUGUGAGUAUAUAGGAACUGUCAGUAUUGGGCCCGUGGCUGUGGCUUCACUGCAGUGUGUUAGACCGCCGUCUGCACACUGCAGCGCCAUGGGUCCCAGCUCUGGCCUACCUCGUGAGUGGGGCUUGUGCCCACCAGCAUACCCCCACAUCCGCCCUUACUUCCAGGUCUCGUGCGCUAUAGCACAUGCAAGUGCACCUCUCCCUUAGUUAUAGGGCAGGAGAGCACGCUUCCUGAUUACUGUCCCCACCCAGAGGUGGGGUUACUGGUAUUUAGGGUGGCUUCACUGACCAUGAAGUGCCCAAGCGUGGUUGUUAUACCUUUUAACCUCUGCUGAAGAUUUCAGCUGCUCUGCCCUGCUGUGUACUGGAUUUUUUUCCAAUUAACCCUGACGUUCCCUGCCUGUCUAUCUCCAGCCUUGACCUGUGCGUUGCCUGACCUCGAUUCUGCCUGCCGUCAUCUGUAAAUUCGCCUGGAACUCGGACCUUGCACAACCUGACUAAGAAUUUGCCUGACCUAGUAUACCAUAUUACUCUGAACUUUGUUUUGCCUUUUUAUCAAGCGACUUGUUUACCUUUUGCCAGUAAAGAUCAUCUUUUCCGUUACUUUGCCUCUUUUGGACACACUCCUGUAGUUAGCUGCUUUCUGGAUGACUGGUGUAAACACCGGUGUCCUGACUGUGGGAGUCAGCAGUCAGCAGUAUUGGGCUAUAUCCUAGUCCACUGACCUAGAGGAUCCAUAUCCUCUGGUCCUGACAGUACACUUGGGCUAUGGAUCCCGCUGGCUCUAAACUGGGAAUGUCUGAAAUACUGCAGGAACCUGAACAACAGCGUUCCACCCAGAAACAAGUGUUGAAUUACUUGCAGCAUGUAGCUGUUCGUCUGGAUUCUCUCUACGGUACUGACUCCUAUAGUUCCUCCUGUCCCUGAUCCGGUUGCAGCGCAGUUUCUUCUAGACCUGGUUUGUCUACUCUUUCCCAUAACAGUGGCGACCAGAAAACUUCUGCCUCAUCACUUUCAUUCUGAUCUGGAGGGAGAGGCCCUUGCCUGGGCAAAUCGAAUAUGGGAGAGAUCUGGACCCAUCACCAAUAAUGUGGCUUGAUUUAUGGACUCUUUCAAAAGGGUGUUUGCAGAGCCAGGUUGAGCUGCUGCACAUCCGAUGGCUAUUAUGAACACCUUGUUAUGCCCUUUGGCCUCAGUAAUUCCCCUGCUGUCUUCCAGAAGUUUGUCAAUGACAUUUGACAAUGACAGAACUCAUCGUAUGCAUGUGUAGAUGGUCUUACAACGGUUAUGAAACAAUAGUCUAUACGCUAAAUUGGAGAAGUGUGUCUUCAAAAAGUCAUUCUUGUCCUUCCUGGCAUACAUUAUCUCGGAUCAGGGUCUGAAAAUUGAUCCAGGAAAGAUGGCUGCAGUGCUCGACUGGCCCGUCCCUCCGGUCUGAAGGCAAUACUAAGUUUCUUGGGUUUUGCCAACUAUUGUUGACAGUUCAUCCGUAAUCUUUCUUCUUUGACAGCUCCAAUUUCUGUUCUGACCAGAAAAGGUGCCAAUACCAUUAGUAAUACCAAUAGUCCCCUGAAGCGGAGACGGCAUUCUCUUCCCUCAAGAAGGCCUUCUCUUCAGCCCUAGUCCUUAGAUUUCCAGAACCCAACAAACAGUUCUUCUUAGAGGUGAACACAUCCUCCAUUGGAGUCACAUAAAAAUGCCUGAGGUUGUAUGUCUCCUUGUGUUUUUUUUUUUCUGAGUUAUUCUCUGCUGCCGAGAAGAACUAUUGUAUUGGAGACAGGGAACUUUUGACAAUUAAUAUAGCCUUAGAGGAGUGGAGGUAUAUUCUGGAAGGUUCUAUUCUGCCAGUCAUAAUUUACACCCAUCACAAGAACCUGACCUACUUGCAGAUGGCUCAAUUCUUGUCAGGCCCGUUGGCCUUUCUUCUUUGCUUGAUUUCAUUUCCAGCUUCAAUUCCAGCCCGCUAACAAAAUACCAAGGCUCUCUCCAGGUCCUUCAAAACCACAGAUACGGAAAACGAGCCCCUCAUCAUUGAACCAACUAAAGUAGUCCAAGUGGUUCCAGUUACCUGUCCAAGGUCUCCCCAGGUUAUGCAAAGGCACUUCACAGAACCCUCCUUCUGUCACUAUGGAUGAUGAAUUUGAAGUCAAGGACAUCCUGGACAGGAGGAUCAUCAGCGACUGUGGAAAACAAAAAUAACUUAAAAUCACCAGAGAGCAACAGUAACCCAGUUUUCAGACGCUACCUGCGCAAGAUGCUAAACGAGGCUGAACGUUUUGGGCUUCCAGAAGACUCCAGUUCCGAAGUCUGUUAUAAUGCUGAGAUGGUCCUUACAAAACAGAUGGUUGUUGAGAUUCAGAAAUUCAUUGAUGAUGAAGACUGGAAUGUGGGAGCUCUUGAAGAUGCCUUGACCAGGACAUUAGUGCAAUUCAGAUUUCAGAACGUGAAAGAAUGGUGGACGGGCAUGUUUGAGGACUAUCUUGGAAUCGAUAUUGGCACCACUUUUAAGAUUGUGCUGUGUAUUACGUGCAUAGUAUCAGUCGUGGCGACAGAGCUGUGGACACGUAUCGGAUGGUUCACACAGAUAAAGAGACUCUGUAUACUAAGCUUUAUUGUGAGCGUGGGCUGGAACUGGAUGUACUUAUACAAGGUUGCUUUUGCAGAACGUCAGGCAGAACUGACAAAGAUGCACAAGUUUGAUGGAAGCUGUGGUGAGAAGAUAAGCUGGUCUGAAAGUCUGUUCGAAUGGUGGAAGGGGGCUUCUACUUUCCAAAAUGAUCCAUGUGAAGAAUAUUUUAAGGCUCUAAUGAUAAGUCCAGCACUCAUGGUCCCACCUACAAAGGCUCUGGCACUUACAUUCACAGACUUCAUAACAGAACCCUUAAAACAUGUGGGGAAAGCAGUCGGAGAGUUCUUAAAAGGCUUGCUGUCAGAGAUUCCAGUUUUCUAUCAACUGCUAGUACUUAUUCUCAUAGCAGUUAUCAUCAUUGCUUUUUGUUAUGGGGCAGCCAAAUCAAUUGGUGAGAUUCUUGUGCACAGGAACCAUGGAGAUACACAGCGGGAGAGACUGCCACCUGCAGAGCCACAGAGACCACGCUAUGGAAAUGUUAUUGAAGGAUGGCAUCAGCAGCCCUACAAUAUAGAACCACAAUAUGAGCCACUUGACAGAUAUCCCCGACAUCAGAGGCCAGAGAGCCUGCAAGCAAUGGACAGAAAUAAUCCGCAUUUUCCAGGUGCUUUAUGUUAUGGGGCAGCCAAAUCAAUUGGUGAGAUUCUUGUGCACAGGAACCAUGGAGAUACACAGCGGGAGAGACUGCCACCUGCAGAGCCACAGAGACCACGCUAUGGAAAUGUUAUUGAAGGAUGGCAUCAGCAGCCCUACAAUAUAGGACCUCAAUAUGAGCCACUUGACAGAUAUCCCCGACAUCAGAGGCCAGAGAGCCUGCAAGCAAUGGACAGAAAUAAUCUGCAUUUUCCAGGUGGUACAGAGGUGGACUCUUCUUCGAAAGAUAAGGAUGGUGGACAUGGACAGAAGAUGGAGUUUACAGAGGACAGCAGAGGACAAACGGACAAUCCUGUAGAACUGAGCUCUUCUGGAAAACAGAGAAAAGAAGAGCUUCCAAAUGACACAUCUGAUGGUCCAAGUCAAAGCGAAAAGGAGCAACGGCAAAGGAAAGAAGAUCCUAUAGAGCAGAAGUCUUUGACUAAAAAUCAUAUGAAACAUGACUCUCCACUGGAAAUAACUAAUAGUACACAACAAGGCAAAGCAGAGCAUGUACACAAGAGAUCUUUUAGUCAAGAGCAAAUAGUGGAGACUUUACUUCAGAAUACUUAUGGUGAACAUCAAAAGACUGAGGAGCCUCUUGAAAUAUCUUAUAGUCAACUGCAAGAGAGAAAGGACUUUUUGGAAGAUAUAAUGAAGGAAGGGCACCUACAGGACAAAUUAUUAGAGCUAAAAGGUGAUUUGAAAAAGGAGCCCUCAGAACAGAAGAAGAAUGGAGAAGAAGUGUCUACGGGUUGUGAAGCACCAAUCAGCAGCUGAGGUACAUGCAGCGCAAUCGGCAGCCACAGCCAUCAUAGCCGUGUGUCUGUGUACUGAGCUGUAAUGACGGGAGGAGAUUUUGAAAUUUUUAUUUUUAUUUUUGUUAUAGGUUGGACUGCUAUCAUUUUAUUACUACUUACAACAUUUUAUAGUAUUUCUACGCUUCUAAUUUCCUGCAAUACAACUGCUUAAUCUGAAAAUGAUAUAAUGUUGUGAAAUAAGGAAAUUUUGUGUGGAGAAGAACAUCUGCCAUAUUCCUCAGUAUAUGUAAAGUUUUGUACUAUUUUUUUUUUCCCCCACUGAGAACAUGAAGAGAAGGCCAUAUGUUGUAUCUUUUCUUUCCAUUGGUUAGUUCCUUGCCUUUUACAUAUGUUGCCAGGAUGUGGAGUCAUUGUUCCUGACAUGUAUCUCAGUAGGUAUUGUACAUUAACCUGCACAUCUGUUCUGUACAGACGCUCAGUCACAUUACCAAACAAAAAGAAAUGAGACUUGAAGAGCAGCAUCUUGAGAACAUGAUUUUCUUAUGGACA